AUGCUUGCAAAACCCCAUAAACUCCCAGGAAAUGAUGGGGAGGGCCCCAAACUCCGGGCCGCUUGCGAGAAUUGUCGACAAUCCAAGGUUAAAUGCAACCUAGGAGGAAAGAAUACUUGCAUCCGCUGUCUCCGGCAUGGGUUGCAAUGUCGGUACCGGGUCGCCAAUCGGUCUGGUAAGCCGAAGGGGAGCAAAAACCGAGCUACUUUGAGAAAACUAGGGCAGCUCCAGGAGACGUCAGCAGCUCAAGUCUCCGGGAGGAGCACGAAACGCAGAGCUCUCCAGGCCACCGAACCACUAUGUGCGGAUCAGGAGCUGGAUAAAAGCGAGAAUGAGGUUUGUUCCUUUCCUCCUGCCAUAAUUACGCGAGAGCCCAGUCAGCAGCUCACAGACAGUCCUCUAAGUCAACACAGUACAGCCAAUACAUGUUUACUACUAAGUGAAUCGCCGGCGGACUACGUGACUUCAUAUAGAGAUCCACUGCCUGAUUCAACGCAUGCGGCUUCCAUGUCGCCGACCUUUCUCCAGAAAGAGUUUAUCACCAAAGGAUUGACGAGCUUUCCACUUGCCGUACAUAUCCCCAACGUACUACAGCCCAUAUGCGACUGUGGUGAGACUAUCGAAUUCCAUGCAAACCGUCUACAACAUAUCGCGGCUGACCCAGUCCAUACGCGAUUUGAUCAGGGCCUGCAGGCUGUCAAGGAGGCACUAUCGGUCUGUCGAGGAUUCCUCCAAUGCCACAACUGCCACAAAGAUAACACGCACGUGCUAUUAUCGGUGACGACACUGGGAUUGGCUCUACAGCUGUUCGAUUACUGGAUAACGUACCAAUGCGCCGCGCACGUCUGUGCGAGCAACGACGGACUCGGGUACGGCGAGUAUGAACUGGCGCCCGAGGAGGCGCGCCGAGUGCACCGCGUGCUCAUCCGAGGCCGACUCCAACAGUGCAAGGAGGUGGUGACAUCGCUAAAAGCAACAAUCGACAUGUCCAGCCACGCAAAUCUGGAGGGGAGCUGGCUACAGCAGAUCAUCCGCGGAUACGAAGGAACGAACAACUCCAAAAUGGCCCACCGCCUCUCCCAAAUCUCCUCCCAUCUCAACUACCCCCAAGGCCUCCUCGCCAAUCAAGUCGCCAUCAUCACCGGCGCUGGCCAAGGUAUCGGUGCUGAGACCGCAAAGUUGUUCGCUAAUGAAGGCGCCAAGGUCGUCAUUGCUGAUAUUGAUGCUGAGAAAGCCACAAACACAGCAAACGCCAUCAAUGCCGCGGGUCCGAACCGGGCCAUUGCUGUUACGGGGGAUAUUCUUGAUGAUGCCUAUAUCGAGUCGUUGGUGAAGAAAGCAGCUGAGUUCGGGAAUGGUAAGAUUCAUGUUAUUGUUAAUAAUGCUGGGUUUACGUGGGAUGGUGUGAUUCACAAGAUUACGGAUAAACAAUGGGAUACUAUGUUGGCUGUUCACAAUACGGCGCCUUUUAAGCUGGUUCGUGCUGCGGCGAAGUACUUUCGAGUUAAGGAUGGGGAGCCUCGCGUGAUCAUUAAUAUUAGUAGUACAAGUGGGAUUCAUGGGAAUGCAGGCCAGGCGAACUACGCCCUUGCCAAGGCUGGAGUGGUUGGACUCACCAGGACCAUCGCCAAAGAAUGGGGUCCCGCGUUCGGUGUCCGGUCGAACACGAUCGCCUUUGGCCAUGUGCAGACCCGGCUGACGGCGGCCAAGGAGAAGGGCGCGUUCAUUACCACGCCAGACGGCACCAAGGUGGCGCUGGGCAUUCCGGGGAAGCAGUUGGAGUCACGCCAGGGUGGUGCGGGCGCGCAGAAGCAGACGUACCCGGAUAUCCCGUUGGGAAGACCUGCCUCGCCCGAGGAGGCCGCAAAGUCUGUCCUGGCCGUCGCCAGCCCCCUGUUCUCGUAUGUGACGGGUGAGACGAUUCGGGUUACUGGUGGCAGGAACAUGUAG